UUCAAUACCCAAUCCCAUCGAUUGCCGAUUAUGCAUAAGAUUUCAAUGUAUAAACGAGCCUUAGAAUUGGAGCGUGAUCUAUAUGAAUCGUGGCUACUACUGACAGUUUGCUUCUUUCUGCAAUGGAAUCAAUGGCAUCUUAUCACUAUAUUCAAUUGUCCAGAUACGGAUACGGAUGCGGAGGCAGAGCAUUGUUUAUAUCGACUAUCGAAUGUGGCCUUUACCUGGUCGAGUGUUUUCUUCAAUAUUGGCCUCCUUGUGGCCAUCCUACAAAUUUGGCCCACAUGUUUUAAGCGUUAUGGCCAUCGAAAGAGAUUAAUUUUACUACCCAUUAAGCUGGUCAUUCUUUUAUAUAUGACCGAAUGGAUUGAGUUGGAAAUGUGGCAACCAUUUUUGGGCAUUAUAGAGCAUAUGCUGCAUUCAGUGGGCCAUGCAAAAAGGGCGGAAACAUUGUAUUAUUAUUGGCCAAGUCUUGCCACUUGGCUAAUGCAAGAUGCUUACCAUGUUGUGCGUUUUGUGGCAUCAUUCUCAUUAUUUUUAACAGCCAUUGAUGCGGCAGGUCCAAACUGGCGAAGCGCCAUUGAUUUUUUGCUACUUGGACGUUUGCCGGAAACUCAGGAGGUUCAACGUUUGAUUCGUCGUGCCCAGCAAUUGCGUUACCAGGCCCAACAGAUGGGACAUCCCAUGGAACUAUCCGCACAGGAGUUACUCUGUGACGUCUUCAUACAAUGUUUCCAUUAGUUUUUGGCCAACAAACCCCCAACACCCCAUCCACACCCCCGCAACCCGUUCAAUCGGAAUACCAACUAAAACAUAUAUAAACCAAUCAUGUUGAAAACGAGGUGUUUAUGGCACAUUUUUUGGCCCAUUUCGUUCAUUUGGAACAUCUGGCACGGCCGCUUAUUGUAUUCUCCACGUAAUUGUAUAUACUUUUUUUUCAAUUUUUCUUUUCUGGAUUCUGUAUUUUUU